AUGGCCUGUCAGCGCCAGGUCGACGUGCUCGACAGAAGUCAGAUGAAUCUACAGUCCGUCCCUUCCGACAUCUUCCGGUAAGCCUUUUUUCUUCAGGCAUUGUUCAAAAAUUGCUUAUUUUUAGGUUUCGGAAGCUCGAGGAUCUCAAUCUCUCGAUGAACAACAUAAAAGAUCUGAGCAAGCAGCUGUUCAUGCUCCGAAACCUGCGGAUACUCGACGUGUCGGACAAUGAGGUGUCCGUACUACCACCCGAGAUUGGACAGCUUACCGCGCUCAUUGAGCUCAAUCUCAACAGAAAUCUGAUAACGGACAUUCCGGAGACGGUCAAGAACUGUAAGCAACUGAUGAACCUCAAUCUGAAUGGUAAUCCGUUCACAAGGUUAGUUUUUUUUUCAAAACAUCCAAAAAUAUAGUUUCCAGUUCCCAAGAAUAUUGAGCUUCGCUACAAUAGGAUUAUCCUUCCAGUGAUAUUAUUGUUUUGCAGAUUACCAGAGAGCAUCUGCGAGUGCUCUUCCAUCACCAUUCUCUCGCUUAACGACACCACACUGACGGCGUUGCCAUCGAACAUCGGGUCUCUGGUGAAUCUGCGAGUUCUCGAGGCCCGCGAGAAUCACCUUCGGACGAUUCCCUCUUCGAUUGUGGAACUGAAAAUGCUGGAAGAGCUCGAUCUCGGACAAAACGACAUUGAGGACCUUCCGGCAAAGUUCGGAAAACUCGUAAAUCUCCGCGAGUUCUUCAUCGACAUGAACGGAUUGUCGACGCUGCCGGACACCAUGUCCGAGUGCCGGAAUCUCGAUCAACUGGGUGAGUCUUCCAGAGUGUUCGGAGUCAUCUGACAAGGGAAAGAAAGCUUGCAGAUGUGUCAGAGAAUCAGAUUAUGAAACUGCCGGAUGACAUAGGAAACAUGUCCAGUUUGACGGAUCUCAACAUCUCGCAGAACGUCAUCAACGAGCUACCGUAUUCGAUUGGAAGUCUGAGAAAGCUGCAGAUGCUUAAAGCCGACAGAAAUUCUCUGACUCAUUUGGCGCCGGAAAUUGGAAACUGCCACGCGCUGACCGAGCUGUAUCUGACAAACAACUUGUUAUCGGUGAGGAGAUUCAGGAAAUGUAGACCAAUAUCGGCAUGUUAAAUGAUUUCCAGGAGCUUCCCGACAGUAUUGGAGAUCUGAAACAGCUCACAACCCUCAACGCAGACUGCAAUCAAUUGACGACCAUUCCGGCAACGGUGAGUCAUCUCUCGCUUCUUUCUUUUGUUCUCAAAAUAAACGAAAAUCGAUGUUUUCAGAUUGGAAACUGUCGAGAGCUCUCGGUCCUUUCUCUCCGCCAAAACAACAUCACCGAUUUGCCGAUGGAAAUCGGACGGUGCGAGAAGAUGAAAGUGAUCGACGUGGCCUCGAAUAAGCUCACCUACCUGCCGUACACUGUCAAGGUUCUCUACCAACUGCAGGCUCUGUGGCUCAGCGAGAACCAGACACAAUCGAUUCUGAAGCUGUCUGAGAGCCGAGACGAACGGAAGAACAUGAAAGUGGUCACGUGUUAUCUCCUUCCGCAAUACGAUGCGCUGGAAUCAGGAGUAGAUCACGGAGCCGACCGUGGACAAGCAAGCAGAUCGUUCCUCGGAGGGCCGAAAGUUCACUUCCACGAUCAGCAAGACACGACGUUCGAAGAACCGGAGCUUCCGGCGCACGGCAACUUCGAACGGCACAACACGCCGCACCCGAAGACGCCGAAGCACAAGAAGGGGUCGAUAGACGGACACAUGCUGCCGCACGAGAUGGACCAGCCACGACAGCUUUCUCUCGUCUCCAACCACCGAACGUCGACCUCUUCCUUUGGCGAAUCGAGCAACUCGAUCAACCGGGAACUGUCUGAUAUCAGGUUCAUUGAUGCUCCUUCGUGAGUGUUUCGUUCGCCUUUGUUUCCUUUUUUGCAUGCGCGUUCCUGAUUUUUACCUCUUUUUGUUGUGAAAGUCUAGAAUCGAUCAGUAUUUUCCUAUUUUCCAACUUGUGUUACCUAGCGUUGUUCAGAGUUGCGAACGGUGUCCGGGAAGUGGCAUCGCCAGAUCGGGAAGAGCUCGGAGCAUCCAUGUCGAGCCUCUCGAACCUUGGAUCCACUCAACAUUUGCACACCAUCAAAAUUCAAAAAGAUCCGACCGGAAAGUAAGUUAAUCUAUUAUUUUUUUAAACUUUUUCUUUGAAUACUGGGAAUUCUGGUGGGAUUACUGUGCUUCUUUCGUUCUUCCGUUUUUCUAACCUCUCCUUUGUUUGCAGACUGGGACUUUCCUUCGCCGGCGGCCGGUCCAACGAUCAGGCGCCGAACAGCAACGGCGACGGCGGACUGUUCGUCACGAAAGUGACACCGGGAAGCUCGGCAGACCGAUCCGGCCUCCGAAAGGGCGACAAACUGAUCCGCGCCAACGACAUCAACAUGGUGAACGCGUCGCAGGAAGAGGCAAUGUCCGCCAUUCAAAAACGGGAUACCGUCGAACUGGUCGUUUCUAGGCGAACGCCGUCGCCGGUGUCAAGAACCUCUGUGAGUCGGCCAUGUGAGUGUGGACUGAAAGGACACAACGCUACUAAUAUUGUAAUCUCAUUGGAUUCUCAGUAAUAGGAAAAUGUCUAUAAAAAAAGGGGGGGGGUGGGUGGUUUUUUGAGCCGGUUGAUGCCAAUAAUGAGUUCAACUUAGUGCGACGCAAAAGUAGUACUAGAAAACGGCGUUCUGAGUGUGAGUAUGAAUUCGGAUUUGCAGGACAUAAGCUACGGCGGCAGCACUCACCAACUCAACCAUGAAGCGGGUUCUCCGGACAGUGCACUCUUCCUGUCCGCCAACUGCACCACCACUCCAGUGUACGCCUCUUAG